AUGUUAUCGAUGUUCAAAUUUCUGCAGUCGAUGGAUUUCUCUAAACUCAAUUAUGCUCUCGAACGCAUUGCAUUGCAACAUAAGCUGCCAGCACAGGAGGUAUUGGAUAGAUGGUUGGAGAGGCAACAAGCUUCUGUUCCCGACAGAUGGAGGUUCCUCGAUGGGAUCCCUUGCAUCAUUGGAGGUUUGAUAGCACUUCUCGGAACACUUGAAGGGCGAGGAGGAAACUUCCCGUGGAAGACGCUACCCACUGUUCUAGCCCGUCGUGGCUGUAUCCUCCAAAACUACCCUGAAAAUAUCCUCAUGCCUGGUGAGAAACGCCCCACACUGGCAAAAAGCAAGGGAAUAAGCGACCUCUCUCUUGAUGAGUGGUGUGUCCUCGCAGAUGCCCUCCAGAGGGAUGUACUCACCAUCAAGUCCGUCACCACACUGAACGCCUGCAAAAAUCUUAUGUUGUCGCGUGAUCCCGUCAUAGUCGGAGAAGCACCUGUAAGAGAUUUUUUGAUCACUUGUGGGCGGUGCGAGUUCGCCAAUGGAAGGAUCGACAGGCUUGGUUUGGCUUGUCCGGAUGACGCUUCCUGUUCAAACUCUCCUCCCGGGCCACCUCAUCGACAGAGACUCCGUGUUUUCAUUGAGGUACCAGUCCCCCCAUCCUACUGGAGGUUGCAUGCAACAAGGCAAUGCUCGCCAGUCCUGAGCACUCACCACCAUGGUGACCUUAUCCCGCAGAUCACCUGCGCCAGCCGGCAUGCUAUUGAAGCAGUGGAGGAAGGCAUUAUCGAGGACGAAGAAGCCAUCAUUGAGGACGAAGUGGAAGUUGACCAUGGUGACCUUAUCCCGCAGAUCGCCUGCGCCAGCCAACAUGCUAUUGAAGCAGUGGAGGAAGGCGUCUUCGAGGAUGAAGAAGGCAUCAUUGAGGACAAAGAGGAAGUUGACGAGCUUUUGGGGUCGCAAGAAAGUAAUAUGAUCACACCAGUAGUUGUGUAG